GUAUAAAACAGUUGAAUUCAGUUCGACGAAUGGGUUUCAGUAAAAAAUUCACAUUACCUGAAUUGUAAGAUUUUUUAAAGUGAAAACCAAAAUCCGCGGAACGAUGACAUUUUCCACCAUCCUCUAUCCAUUUUACCACGGGCAAAGAACCCCUUUCAUCUUUGGCCUCAACCUGCUCACAGUCAUACUGGUGUUUUUGGUCUUUGCCAUUAUUUUCCUUCUUAUUCUUCCAGGAAUACGUGGUAAAUCGCGACUGUUCUGGAUGUGCCGAGUACUUGUCAGUUUAUUCAUUGGCGCUGUUAUUGUGGCUGUCAACUUCACAAGUGACUGGGCCGCAGCCAGUAUGAAGACCAACACCACGUACAAGUCCUUCAGCAGUGGUUUUGUGAACGCUGAGAUUGGACUACAUGUAGGACUCUCAGGAAUCAACGUCACACUUACAGGAAACCCAGUGACGCAGCUGAAUGAGACCAUAGACUACAACGAAAUGUUCAAGUGGACAGAUAGUUUAGACGAGGACUACACAGAGGCCUUGGAGAGGGGCCUUCCCAACCCCAUCCUGUAUAUCGCAGAGAAGUUCACCGCAGGCAGCCCCUGCGGCUUCAACUUCCAGUACCUAUACUCUGGAAAAUAUGCCUCUGCCACCAUGUGGACAGCGUUCUGCUGUUGGCUAGUUGCCAAUAUUCUCUUCUCUAUGCCCGUAAUCCUCUACGCUGGUUGCAUGAUGGUUGCCACGGCAGCGUUCAUCUUCUUCUCUCUGGCCUCGUUCUCCACCAUACAGAACCUCCCGUUGUGUGUUUUUGCUAUAGGGACGGCCUCUUUUGAGAUAGAAUACAGCAGUUCAUUUUGGCUGGCACUGGCCACAGGUGUGUUGUGUGCUCUUAUUGGCAUUCUGGUGAUUAUGCUGGACUGUUUGAUCCCAGAGAAGAUGAAGGGAGCUUUCAGUGUGGGUGUGGAUGAUGAUGAUGAUGAUGAUGAAGAUUAUACUUGUUUGGCAGAAGGCUACCUAAAUUCCAACUUUCUUGAAGGAGUGACCACCACCUUUGCUGGAAACAAAAUGACAGAGGACACAUCAGAAAAAAUAACUUUGCAGUCUUAUAAGCAGAAGAAAAAACAUGCAUGCUGAAACUUGGCCUAGCCACCAUUACAUGAAGACACAGAACCUGCAAUAUCCUUCUCCAGCUCUCAGGUUCCAAACUGUGUAAAUAAUCUGUAUAUAUUUUAUGUGAUGAAUAUAAUAAAAUGUACUUUU